AUGGCACACCCUGAGCCGAACGACGCGGGCGACCCGCCGCCGCGCCGCUGCGUCGGCCGCUUCACCUUGGAGCCCUGGGAGCUGCCCCCGGUCUCGGACGACUGGCUCUUCGCCGGCCUGGCCGACCCCGGCGAGCGGCCCAGGCGCGCGGCGGCGCCGCCGCGCCGCCUGAGGCGGCCCCUUGGGCUCUCGGCGCAGGUGCAGGCGGCGGUGCCCGCGGGCGGGCUGCCGCCCGGACUCCGCACCGGGGCCAGCACGCACGCGAGCAGCACGACCGGUUCCGGCCCAGGCCUCAGCGAUGUCAGCAGUGUUGCGUCCGAGUGCGGUUCUGAGGCCAGCGUGGCGGAGGGGUCCGAGUGCGGCUCUGAGGCCAGCGUGGCGGAGGUGUCCGAGUGCGGCUCUGAGGCCAGCGGGAGGGAGGCCAGUUCGCGCGUCGGCCUGUGA